CUGAUCUUGCUUCCGGACAGACUGGCGUUCAUCUGGGCUCACUUGAGAUGUCAUUGUGCUGAUUGACAAUUGGACACGAUGCGCUCUUGUGGUGCGCAGCCUUGCGAAGCACACCUCCUCAGAUCGCCCGCGCUCGGAGCUUGCCGAAAACCUUUUCGAACAGGAAACGCAAGGGCGAAUGGGCGUUCUUGCCAUAGGCAAUUGACUUCAGUUCGUUACAAUGGACUCAUUCCUUGUGUACUCUUCACCAGACGGUCUGAAGUUCCUGGCAGCCUGCAGAGGCCAGGUCUGCCACAGAGGAGGGGAGCCCUCAAGUGCGAGGCAGCGUCUGGCAGCACUGUGCGCAUCACCACCCAGCAUGAGGUGGCCUUUGGGGAGGUCGUCAAAGCGGUUGGGACACAGGAGCAGCUGGGAGCUUGGGACCCUGCCGCUGCCCCAGGCCUGACAUGGGCGGAAGGGAACAAAUGGUCUGUGGAUCUGGCGCUACCUCCCGACACUUAUGAAUUCAAAUUGGUUGUGGUGAGAGAGGAUGGCUCAGCGGCAGAGUGGGAGCCUGGCACCAAUCGUGAGAUCAAGGUGGAGGAGGCUGGUGAUGAGAAGAUAGUGGCAGAGUGCGCCUGGAGCGACACGGCCACCACUGUCCUCUCCAUUGAUGGGGCCGGAGCGCCCACUUCGCCUGCAACCGAGUCAGAAGGCGCUGCGGCGCAAGUGGAAGCAGCAGAGGCUGAGGCAGAGAGCGCCGGCACCACUCUGUCUGAAGUCGAGCCAUCGCCUCCGGAGACAGAGCCUCUGAUUAUCAAUCAGGCAAGCAAGGCACCCAAGGACUCUGAAGCCGUCAUGCCCGGAGAGGCUCAGAGGCCUGUAGGAGAUGUCCAACAGGACGAUGCAGAAAAUGCUUUGGAGGCUGCCACUGAGCCUGAGGGGGAACUUGAGGAGCCCACACCCAGCCUCGACAAGGAGACACCCACUGUGCCUGGAGGUGCGGAUGAGUGGGGCCCUGCAGGAGGGGGUGAGAUGGGCAGCGUGGACGAGGCUGAUGUGGAGAAGCAGGAGCGCUCAGAGGUUCAGCAGCGCUGGGCAGACAACAUCCAAGAAGCGCCCGAUACCCCUGCCGAACCACAGCCUGCUGAAGCUACUCCGGAACCGGCACCUCCUGCCUCUCAUGCCUCAGCCCCUGCCUCUGCUUCUGCUACUGAGGAGCUGGAAGGGACCGGGGGAGUUCUGAACGUGGAGGCACAGGGAGGCAGCGUGGCAGAGGCUGCCGCCAGUCCCCUUGCAGCCGCCAAGUUUGAGGCGGCCCCAACCCCGCAGCAGAUUGCAAGCGGCACUCUGGAGGUUGCAGCGGAGGGUGGCAAGGUGGCGGACGCGGCCGCCGGGCCGGUGGCGCAGGCCGUCUUCAAAACGGACGCUGCUCCCAGCGACAGCUCUAGUCCACCGGCCGGGCUGCAGGUCCUUGUGGGCACGCUGGGGCUGUUUGCUGCGCCCGUGGUGGCCUGGUCGCUCUACACCCUCAGCUCGACAGGCUGUGGGCUGCCGCCUGGGCCUGGGGGCUUGCUGGGAGCGCUGGAGGGCCUCAGCUAUGUGACUCUGCUGGGCCUGGCUGCCUGGAGCAUCGGCAUGAAGGCCACCACCAGCAAGGGCCUGCCGGCAGGUCCUGGAGGCAUUUUGGGCGCUGCAGAGGGCCUGAGCUACCUCACCCUAGCGGCCGGAGCAGUGGUGCUCGUCCUUCAGGUGAAGAAUUAUGGGUAUGUGCCGUCAGCGCUGCCGGACGCCAAGUGCUUCGGGGACGAGGGCCCCAAAUCGCCCUCCGACAUCACACGGUCGCUGGCCGAUGCAUUCGCCUCAAAGGAGGCUCCACGGCUGAGCGACGGCGUGCAGGAGGUGGCGCGCUCGGGCCAAAGCAGCAGCGUCGCCGACGCGGCAGCGUCCAGCUCGCGGGCAGCUGCGCCGGAAACUGGCGGGCAGGGCACAUCCCUGGCACUGGGCUGGCUCAGGCCGCCUUUACCCGGCGGUGCCCUCAGCAUCGCGCAACUGCCUGCCACUACACCUCACCCGGUAAUCUCAGAGCUGGCGGCCACAGAAGCAGACCCCCCGGUGGCGCCAGCAGACGCAGCAGUCGGGCAGGCAGUGCAGGCGGCCAAGCGCAGAAUAGGCAAGGAGCUGACGUCGCAGCAGGACCGCCUAGAGGAGGUGUAUUCCGGCGCGCUGGACGGCCUCUCGGGCGCGGACAUUGCCCCGGCGGUGGAGGAAUUGGAGACCCUGUUCACCCGGCUGGCGCGAGUCAUCGGCGACGCGCUGCCGAGCCUGGGCGAGCGGCUGAGCGGCAUCUUCUCCGGGGCAGACAAGCCGCAGCCGCCGCCGGCCGCCGUUGUCAGCGGCUGGCUGUCUGGCGCGGUGGAUCGGCUACAUUCUGUGACCGGGGCGGAGGCACCGGCUUGCAGGGAGCAGAUUGGGCUGCAGGUGGCGAGCCCUGCUGUGGGCUUGGAGGGCGGAUCCUUGACCACUCUUGCGGAGAGGGCAGCGCCGGGGCACAGCAGAGGGCAGGCCAACAUGAUCAUUCUUGAUAGGGGCCUCCUUCGCCAGAUGGAUGAACGGUUGCCGGAGGAAAGGGCGUACGGCAGCUGGACGACCGCGGCGCAGAGCGGCCAGGCGCGGAUGGUGCAGGUGGCGUUUGACUUGUCUGAUCUGGCAGUGUCGGCCGACAUCGGCUUCACAGCGGCGGCAACAAACGCGGUGACGGCAGCGGUGAACGUGAACAGCCAGCUGACGGAGCAGGUGAUCGCGCCGCUGCGCGCGGCCGCGGGCAAUGUGCGGCGCAUUGCCGAUGAGAUCAGCCGCCUGGCGGCCGCCAUCGACGGUGAGGCGGCCAACGGCCGCCGCGCCGCUUUGGCCGAAUCGGCCGAGGCGCUGCAGGCCGCACUCGGGUCGGCCACUCAGACUGUCUCCGGCGCCAACAGCGGCCUGCCGGCGCUCGUCGCGCAGCUGCAGGACGCGGUCGCGGCGCUGAAGCAGGCGUGCCCGCCGGAGGGCGUCGAGCGGGACAAGGUUGGCCGCGUCGUGCGCAAGUUGGAGGCGGCCACGGUGGUGCUGCGCGAGGCGGCGGAGUCCGGGGAGGUGUCGAGCUCGCUGCAAUCUGCUCAGAAGCAGGUUGAGGCGCUGGAGCUGCCCGGGGCCGGCGCGCUCGCGGCGAGCGAGACGCAGCCGGCGUUGGCCAGCAUUGAGAAGGCUGUGGACGGGCUGCAUAGCGUGCUGGCGGAGCUUGAUGCCGCGGUCGGGGCUGCGAAAGAUAUCAGCGCGCCAUCUGCGCCGCCACUGAAGGAUUGAGACUCAAUGCUGCGUCUCUCGGCCAUUCUUAGCGCUGGAGUGUUCCAUCUUGUGACUUGACAACUGUGAUAUCUGAGGGUAGAAUGGUACCUUACGAGAAGAGUUUCAACUGUGAAUGUUGUGCGUUGUGGUCAGCAUGCCCGAGCAUGGAGGGAGAAUGCGUCUGAAAGGGUGAGUAGAAUUAGGUUGACUUGGAGUCGUGCAUUGCAUUGUACAUUGAUGCUGUGCAAUCAUGCAAUGUGAGGGUCCACGGGGCGGCCAAAUCGGCCCUUGCAAAGCUCAUGCAUGAUGAGUGGCAAAUGUGCAACCUUGACUACAUAAUCUAACUGUAUGCUGAUACAAGUGAAGUAGCGCAAGUGUAGCGCAAAUUUCUUG